AUGUCUGACAUAGAGUCUCAUCUUCUGAGCUUAAUGACAACUCCUCUCAUAUCCAUCCUUCUGAACUUCACUUUAGAGCACGAAGUCCAUAAGAAGCUUGCUGAGAGUCCUAAAACGUCUCAGGAGUUAUCAGGAAUAUUGUCACUCGACGCUGACAAGCUUAACCGUGCAUUGUUUGCCCUUACCUUCAACGGAAUCUAUACAUUUAAUGAGCAGACUUAUAAGUGGUCUAACAGUCCUUUAACAGACGCUUUACUUGACGACCACAAAUGCACACUUUUCAGGUGGAAUACAUGCCCCUAUUUUUAUAAAAAAUUAGCACAAAAAGUGUCAAUUAUAAAAGAUGUCCAACAUAAAGACGAGUCUUGUGAGUCAGUAUUUGUGGAAGCUGCUGAAAACCCUGAUUUAUUGAAACUUUUCCAAGAUGCGAUGACUAUAGUAACCCAUGGAAAUAUUAAUGAGAUUGUCCAAGCAAUCGAUUUGACGUCAGCUUCAAGAGUCUUAGAUAUAGGUGGAGGAGAAGGUGGACUUAUUUGUGAGCUAGUCAAGGCAAAUCAUCAUAUCACUGGUGGAAAUCUAGACAGAGAAGAAAACAGGGCUAGCAAUGAAGAACUUAUCCAAAGCCUAGGAUUAGGAAAUAAAAUUAAUUUUUUUUCAGGAAACUUUUUUGUCACAAUCCCUCAAGGUUUUGAUACUUUGACAAUUAAGCACGUCCUACAUGACUGGAAUGACGAAGAUUGUCUAAAGAUUUUGACUAACUGCAGAAAUGCAUUAGAAAUCGGGAAUAAGUUAUAUAUCAUUGACAUGGUCUUAAACAAUACAGACCCAAACAGAAAACUCCAAAGGUUUUUUGAUGUAAAAAUGAUGAUUUUAGGUAACGCUAAAGAAAGAACAGAAGAAAACUUUGAAAACUUGUUAAGACAAGCUGGGUUUAGAAUUAGCAGCAUUUCAAAAGCAAGGAUGGAUAGCGUCAUAGAAGCAGUCGCGAUUUAA